UGGUGUGAUUGCAAAACUCGACGGUCUUCCUAUAUAAUGUACUAACUAUAUGUUUUACGCAUCAAUAGCAUUUAGCUUUGAAAGUUUAAAUACGUGUAACAGCACUAUAUACUUAUACAUACAGUAAAAUGGCCUUCAAUAAUAAAGUUGUUAUAGUGACUGGUGCUAGUUCUGGAAUAGGAGCGUCCACAGCUAAAGCCUUCAGUACAGCGGGCGCUGAAGUGGUUAUGGUAGGGCGAAACGAAGCCAAGCUGAAGUCAGUCGCAGCGAAAUGCAAGAACCCCCUUGUGUUGAUUGCGGAUAUAAGGAAAGACGACGAUGUGAAACGAAUCAUGGAUCAAACAAUCAAGACAUUUGGCCGCCUGGACAUCUUAAUAAACAACGCCGGACUAGUAACCAUUGGGGAUAUCAUGGAAAGUGACAGUAUGAUGAAAGCUUACGAUCUCGCCAUGAAUACGAACUUACGAGGUCUUGUGCACAUGACAAGUGUAGCUGCUCCACACUUAGCAAAAACAAAAGGGAACAUCGUUAACAUAUCCAGCGUUGCGGGUCUCAUCACUCCAGCAAUUAGAGGAACGCUAAAUUACUACGUCUCCAAAGCUGCUGUUAACCAUUUCACUCAGUGCUCGGCUAUUGACUUGGCACCACACGGGAUUAGAGUGAACACAGUCAGUCCCGGACCAGUCAGGACUGAUUUCAUAACUAAUGCCAAUAUUGAUGCUGAUUAUGAAGUAAUUAAAACGAAAAAUGCUUUAACAAGAGUUUCAGAGCCAGAAGAGAUCGCUGAAUUGAUUAUGUUCGUAGCUAGCGAUAAAGGGAAAGGUAUGACUGGAUCAAACAUUUUGGCUGAUAACGGGGCGUUGAUAAAACGCUCUUAAUUUGUCAAUAAUUACUGUCUUUCCAUGUAUAACAUGAUAAGUAUUGGAUAUAACGUCCGUUCGUCCGUUAGGCGUCUGAUAAUAACGUUUAAUACAAGUUAAUUAGUUAAUUUAUGUUAGUUUCUUGAAUAACAUCAGUAACGUUGAAUAACGUCGAUAAACGUCGUUGUUUUCCAGUUUAAGUGAUACUAAUGUAACCUAAUUUAAGUUUUAUUACAAAAUAAAGUAAAUUAAAAAAGCUCUUAAAAAUCUUUGGUUUUGAAGUGUGUAACAUAAAUGCUUAAAAAUACUAGGUUAGGCUUCCUAUCCAUCCUCGCCGGUAUCUGCAUAUCCUCUCACUUAUGUACCGUGAGUUGUUUAAUCCAAAGUAUCCUGGUUAUCUUAUAUAUUAUUAUUACUUUUCUUAAUUAUUAUAUCACAUUUGAGCAAAUACAAAUAUUUGGGUACGUGGCUUAAUGAAACCUGGAGUAGCGCUCAGGAAGUUAAGACUCGCAUUGAAAUAGCUCAAAGAACUUUUAACAGAAUGAGAAAAGUUCUCUGCAGUCGCAGUCUUAAGAUCCCUCUGCGCAUUCGACUCCUUCGUUGUUACAUCUGGCCCAUAAUUCUAUUCGGAUGUGAAGCCUAGACAGUAAAAGAGGAGAUCAGGAAACGUAUAGAAGCGUUCGAAAGGUGGGCGUUUAGACGCAUGCUGGCUAUCAGUUGGAUUCACAAAGUGAUUAAUACCGAAGUUCUGCGACGCGUCAAUCAGAAGCGUGAACUUUUGCAGACGGUCAAGACGAGAAAAGUCGCGUAUCUAGGGCACGUGCGACAAGAGAAAUACGAGCUUCUACAGCUCAUCUUGAAGGGAAAGGUUGCUGGUGAAGAGGCGUUGGUCGCAGGAAGAAGUCUUGGCUGAGAAACAUCAGAGAGUAAACCGAGAUCGCGAGCGCCGCACAAUUAUUUCACCUCGCGAAGGAUAGAGACGAGUUCAAGAAACUGACUGCCAACCUUCGCUAGUCGGAGAGGCACCCUAAGAAGAAGAAGAUACCACAUUUAGUAUAAUAAUUAAGUAAUAUUAGUUUAUUUUGCUACGUAUUUAUAUAUUUUAAAAUUACAAAUAAAAUAUUUGAGAU